UAAAAUAGUAUUUUGCCCCACUCCAAGUGAUAAAACUAUAAAGCUUUCAAGUAUUUUUUUGUGCCAAUUUGCGUGGACAAUUACCCAGAAAUCGCCAACGAACAUGUUCUAAUUAUUUCUCCUUGAUGUUUACUUUUUGGUUACAAUGUAGCAAAAGUGUUUGCUUGUAUUAUGUUCCGAGAAAUCGUGGGGACAAGGAGAGCUCCCGUUGGACGAGCUGGAUGGUAACACGAUGGGGGGAUUCUUGGGAUUCGAAAUCGAAGUAAAGCUUGGGUAUCAACUUCAUUUCAACUUCAGUAGGGUCCUCAUCCCGAGAAGCAUAACAUCACAGUGUUCGGGUAUUCUUCUACACUUUUGAUGGUCCUUCAAUAGUUUCAAAUCACCAGAAGACGAUUUUUAACUUAAUUAAUAAAUAAUCAUCAACAUUGGAUCGCCAUAAUUUGGUUGUGAUAAAUUUCAAAGGAAAAAAUUACGCCGAAGUGAAGUUAUGGAAAUUUUGAAAAUGAACCAGGACGUUCCAGAAAAGCCUGUAGAUGACUAUCGAAUCACGGCCCGUCUCCUUGACCUGAUGAAGCAGACGCACUACGAGCUCAUCCAAGAGAACGGCCAGCGUCGUCUCACCGCCCCGGAGUUAACAUCAGACCUGAGGAGCAGCAUGAAAGGUGCUGAAGUGUUCGUUGGUCGCCUGCCGAGGGACUGUUACGAGGACGAAAUAAUGCCAGUGCUGGAUCGCGCCGGAAGACUCUUGGAGCUUCGUCUGAUGCUCGACUUCUCUGGGACAACGAGAGGGUACGCAUUCGCCCUCUUCGAGAGCUCUAGAGUGGCUCGCAGGGCCUGUGAAUUGCUAGAUGGCUACGAGAUUCGUCCGGGGCACAGGAUCGGCGUCGUCAAGUCCAUCGACAACUGUCGACUCUUCUUCGGGGGUGUCCCCAAGGACAAGACCAAGGCGGAAUUCGCGGAGGACCUGGGGAAGUUUCUCGACGGUAUCUUGGAUGUUUAUCUGUACCCGAAUGCACAGGAUCGCACGCAAAAUCGAGGAUUCAUCUUCGUGGAGUUCAAGGAUCAUCGGUCUGCUGCUAUGGCCAGGCGCCAGCUCAUGCCUGGGCGAAUCACUCUAUGGGAUCACGAGGUUGCUGUCGAUUGGGCUGAUCCAGAGCCUGGGGAUCCGGUUGAUGAGGAUGUAAUGGAGACGGUAACUGCUCUUUUCGUUCGUAAUCUACCAAUUGAGACUGCUCAUCACAAGAUUCGAGACAUUUUCCAGAAAACAACUGGAAUUCCAAUCUUGAAAUUCAAGAAGAUCAAUCACUUUGCAUUUAUUCACUAUGAAACUCGUGAAUUGGCUCAGAAGGUUCUUGAGAUUAUGAGUCAACCUGGAGGGAUUGCUGCACAAAACGAGUGGGAAAUUCGCUGGGCAAAGCCGAUUAGUUCAUCAAAAAUCCUCGAGAGACAGCGUUCCAUCCACGAGGCAGUCCAAGCCUCCCUCAAUCAGAAUCUCAAGCCUCCAGUCUAUGUCCCACCAAAGGGCAACAGCAAACGCAAUAAAAAGAAGACCAGCAAGCAACAGGUGGAGGCACCCCGAGAGAUCCCCUGCGAGAUCAGACACGCUUUUCAAGAAGUCGACAGAACUGUCUCCUCUGAAAGUCCACGAUCUGGUCCUGGACUACUCUCGCUGGGCGUACCAAUGCAAAAUCCUGAUUUACUGGAUUUCAAGAAGCUUCUCGAGCACUUUGUAAUGAGAAACUUGGGGGCGCACUGCCAGUUUCGUUGUACGCAGGUGUACACACCCCCAGGAUAUAUCUGCACGGUUUCAAUCGUCCAUGAGGAGCACAUUCUGUACGAAUUUCAAGGUGAUGUCAUGAUCACCCAAGCCCUGGCGAUGGAUUUAACAGCUCGAAAUGCCUACUAUCGACUCAGCAGUGAUUUUGGAGAGUUACCAGCGUAUCCAGUACCAGUUUAUUCACCAGCAGCCUGUCACCCAAAUAGGGCCCAGCCUUGCCACUAAUCUGAUUUUUUCGUAUUCAUAAUGCCGAGGUUUUUAUAAUUUUUAGUUUAAUAUUUUCUACUCUUUUAUAAUUCGUUUUUUAUAACGUUUUCACGAUGAGAAAGGUAUAUUCAUUCUGAUAAUUUUAGUGGGAGGGAUAUCAUCCCUCUGCAGAGAGAAAUGAUUUGAUUUCGUGAAUGUUGAGGUGGGAAGGACAGGGGCUGAAGUCCCAAAAAUUUAAGGGCUUCGUCUGCAAAUAUUUUUGAAGGAAAUAGGUUGAAAGAAUGUGAAUUAUCAAUAUUUAUUAUAAUUUUGCGGACCAGUUA